UGCGCGAAAAAGAAAGAGAGGGUGAGAAGAAGCGCGUACGAAAUGCGUGUGUUGUGCGCGAAACAAAUUUCUCUUAGGUAUAUACCGCUGCCCGGUCUUCCUUUACCACCAGUUGAGCAGGCGACGCGUCCGCGUACGUUCAAAUUCGUUGGAAUUCGAAACAGAAUAUAAAGCUACAAUUGCAAGUGGAACGUGAGCGUGGGAAACACAAACUUUUCGAUAAUAAACAAAGAGUAUCCAGAUGCGCAAUGUUCGAAAUCAGAGGGAAAAAAAUAUUGUUUUGUUUUGCAGUACAUCGCGUGCGAAUUCGCAACGGUCACCCUGGCGCGACAAUUCUCCGUUGAUUUUGCUCGUACAAGUGUUGAUCGAAUUUUUUUCUCAUCCGUUUCUGCUAUACUCUCCUUCGGUUUCUAAAUAGUUUCCUUCGGUUUUCGACGAGACCAACAUCGCGAGAAUCUUGUCGCUUUUAGUCACACGUAUAUUUUCGUCCAUUUCCUCUACGACCAAUUUUUUGCCGAACUAUUUUACCGCUCGCGUUAUUUCGAAAAACUAAACAAACGACUUCAUUAAAAAAUUGCCUGCGCGAUUUCGUAAAAAUAAGAGCAACAGUUGCUUUAAACAAAGAGUGAAAAAAAGAGACGCAGCAUUUUUUUUAUUCUCAAAACACACUUCCUGCGGAAAUUCAUCGGAUUCGUGUGUUCGUAAAAAAACCGUCUGCCCAACAAAAGAAAAAAGAAACAGUGAAAUGCUAAAUUGAAGGGAACGACGAAAAAAGUUUGGACAGGACGGCGUAAUUAAUUAGACUUUCUACCAAGUCUUAGAGUUUUAUAAGUGACGAUAAAAACAGUUGAAAACGUCAUGGAUGACGAGGAAAGUCCAGGUGAGGGUGGAGCCGAUGACGGGAGCGUAAAAGAGCUGCAAAAACUUCGGGACAGGUACGAAGGGAAGGUGACAGCUUCGCUGUAUACGGGAACUCUUCUGGUCGCUGCUUCAGCAUCCCUGACAGCCCUCAUAGCACUUUGCGUUCUACAUUUCAACGAUCUGACGUACGUAGUGACACCAGCUUCAUGUCUCGCCGUCAUGCUCGUCUCCUCUCUGAGCCUCUUAGUCGUCACGCAAUUUCCAUCGAUUAUAAAAUCAACGAGGGCAAGAUUCGCUCUGGGUCUGACCUCGUCGAUCAUUCUUGGGGUGGCGAUUCUCCUGCUCGGUGGAACGCUGCCACUUUUUGCCUGUAUCAUUGCCGUCAUCGCCGGCCUACCGAGGAUCAAAAAACAGCGGCCAACCACUCUUGCCCUCGUAUUCGCAGCUUCCUUCAUCUCCACGAAACUCUUUAUUUAUCACGGAGAGGACAACGAUUAUUAUUACGAGAUUGCAGCGGACAGUAUUUUUCUCACAGCAGCGAUAAUCGCCGGUUUGUAUUAUCGAAACCUCACCGCUCGUGCUCAUCGAAAAACAUUUGCAGGCACGAAGAUCGUCAUCGAGUCGAGGAUAAAGCUCGAGUGCGAGAGAGAGCAGCAGGAGCAACUGUUGCUCAGUAUUAUUCCGGCGUACUUAGCAGCAGAAGUGAAACGGAGCAUCAUGCUUAAAAUGGCGGACGCCUGUCAGGAAGUGAGCAAACACAAGCAAACGAGAUUUCACGAGAUGUACGUGCAGCGUUACAACAACGUCAGUAUUCUUUACGCAGACAUCGUAAAUUUCACUCCGCUCUCCGAGCAACUCUCGGCAUCGGAUCUCGUCAAAACUCUCAACGAACUCUUCGGAAGAUUCGAUCAAAUUGCGCAGGAUAACCAAUGCAUGAGGAUCAAAAUUCUCGGGGACUGUUACUACUGCGUUUCCGGGCUGCCAGUCUCGCGUCCCAAUCAUGCGUACAACUGUGUCAACAUGGGCCUCGAAAUGAUCGAAGCAAUAAGAUUCGUUCGUGAAGCUACGGGAUUCAAUGUCGACAUGAGAAUUGGCAUACACACCGGUAACGUGCUGUGCGGCGUAAUGGGACUUCGAAAAUGGCAAUUCGACGUUUGGAGCGACGACGUCACUCUCGCCAAUCACAUGGAAAGCGGAGGACUUCCGGGAAGAGUUCACGUGACCAAAGCAACUCUCCUUCAGCUCGGGGAUAGGUUCGAGGUCGAGCCUGGCGACGGUGGAUCUCGAGAGACUUACCUCGCGGAUCACAAAGUCGAGACUUUCCUUAUUAUACCACCAAAGAAGACAAAGGAAGAGAACGGAUUGCAGGAGAAUGGAAGACCUCACGGACCCGGGCCCACUCCCUCGAGAUCGAGGCCGAGCAGUAAAAUGACGAAGUACGUCGAGUGCUGGGGCGCCGAUAAACCAUUUGCCAACAUAACGGAAUCAACUCUCGCCAAAAACAUUGGCUUGACCAGCAUCGCCAUGAUCGAGUCGAAUUUGUUGCCUAACAACACCAACUGUUUCGACGUCAAACACUGGCUCGUUGGGAACGAAGGUAUGUCGCCGAUAACUUAUUGGUUCAAGGACAAAAAUCAAGAAACACAGUACAGGGAACAAAGAGAUGAGCAAUAUCCUUGGUACGUUCUCGCAUCGAACAUUCUCUACUGUACGAUGUUUCUCAUACAAGCGAUUUAUCAGCCAAGAAGCAUCACGGUCUACGGUUGUUUCUCCGCUGGCCUCGCCUCUCUCGUCAUUUUCACUGGGAUUUCUUGGUAUGCCGAAAAAUCUCGAACCCCCAGAGAUGAAACGAGCAAAACAGCACUCACUCGUGGCAUCAGAUUGGCGGUUUAUUUAAUCACUGCAAUGUUGGCCAUUUCGUCGGCUCUUAUUAGUCUCAGUGACGUCGAAGAAACCAACACGAAUAUCGUACCGGCUUAUUUGGAGUCAGCAGCGAUAGCUUUGCUCGUCGGUUGGAGCCACUUGAGGAUUGGAUUUCUCCUGAAGCUCGGUGUCAUGAUUUUAUCGGUCGUCGCUACUCUCGUUGUGCUUUCGCAAGCGCCCGUAGUCGAGUUUUACUAUUCGAGUUACCAGCACGACUUCUUGGGAUUGCAUUAUCUCCUUAAAAUCGGUUAUCUCCUGUUGGUCAUAGUCCUGAUGCUACACGUGCUCGACCGGCAAGUCGAAUUCACCUCGAGAACCGAUUUUAUGUGGAAAAAUAAACUCAAGUGCGAGCAGGACGAAGUCGAAACUAUGAGAGGCAUCAAUAAAAUUCUAUUGGAAAAUAUACUUCCGGCUCACGUAGCCGACCACUUUCUCGCUACGAGAGCCAAUCAGGACCUUUACCACGAAAGAUACAACAGCAUCGCUGUGAUGUUCGCGUCAAUUCCAAACUACAAAGAAUUCUACGACGAGACAGACAUCAACAAACAGGGUCUCGAGUGUCUUCGUUUACUCAACGAGAUUAUUUGCGAUUUCGACAAAUUACUGCUCAAACCGAAGUUCUCAGGGAUCGAAAAAAUCAAGACUAUUGGCAGCACGUACAUGCUCGCUUCGGGUCUGAGCCCCGGCAAAGAAGAUGUCGAUGCUAAAGACCAGAUCAAACAGCAGGAUCACAACGUCAUCGUUCUCGUAGAAUUCGCGAUCGCAUUGAUGACGAUACUGGAUCAGAUCAACAGAGAAUCUUUUCAGAGAUUCAAACUUCGAAUGGGUCUCAACCACGGUCCUGUAAUAGCAGGUGUAGUGGGAGCGCAGAAGCCCCAAUAUGACAUUUGGGGAAAUACAGUAAACGUUGCUUCGAGGAUGGACAGCUGCGGUGAAAUGGGAAGACUUCAAGUGACCGAAGACACUGCAGAAAUAUUGAAGAAUGCUGGCUACGAGCUUGUCUGUCGUGGUCCAACAUACGUCAAGGGCAAGGGGACUCUGACAACGUAUUUCGUGAAAACACCUUUCGAUGGCAAAGAAGACAGUUAUUAAAGGGUUUCUGCCGGAAGAGCAACAUAACUGAGAAGUUUUUGACGUUGUCAACGCACCGAAGCUGAGAGGAGAACAGAAAAACUGUGAAAUUCUGAUAAAAAGAAAAAUUUUAAACAUUUUGGUGCGUUAGAGCGACGCAAACUUUGAUAUCAUUCGAUUGGUGAAGAAGAAAAAUCUAAAUUCAUAUCUCCAACGUAUCAAACGGUGCAUACUGGAAAUGUUUCCUUUGUCAAUACCAAAAAAGACGACGAAUUUUUAGCUAAUUUUUUUUCGACUCCAGGGAGUGUCUGAACUAAAAUACUCGUCAAUUUUCGUGGGCUGAAACUGCCAUUAAACGAUGGGGAAUGAUAAGAGCAAAAUCGUUUCGUUGCAUUUAAAGAAACCAAUGUAAAAUCCCACGAAAUAUUAGUUUCUUAAAAUCCAGGAAAUUUUUUUCAUUUUUCAUUACCAGUUUUUUUCUGCUUUCAAUGUACCCUUGAAUUGCGUCUUUCUGUAUAGGCCUAAUUUUUAAAGUGUUACACAUUUACAGGACACUGUAUAAAUGAUCUCUUCUCUGUAUUUACUUUCAUAAUGAAAGAAAAAAAGAAAAAAUCUACUUUACUCAACACGAGAUACUGUUCUGUGCUAAAAUACUCAUCGAAAACCAAUUGUUUAGUCAUAAAUUUAUUCAGCGGAAACGAAUUUUUAUUGUACAUAUUUUUGUUUAGAUUAACGUGUAUGUGGGUAGAACAAUAAUUAUCGAGAAAUGAAAA